CUACUCUCCAAUAUUUCAAUCUUCCCUUCUCUGUUUUGAAUUUGCCCAACUUGAGAUGAUGAGGUCGUGGGAUCAUUGGGUUGAAGAGGCUCUUCAGAAACUCCAACACCUGCAACUCGUUGGAUCUCUCAGACCCAUUCACCUCCAUAGUGCACCAGCUCUAGAAGCCCAAAAACCUAUUGAAGAUGAAUUCAAUGUGUUCGAUGAACUGCAACCAUGGGAUCGAUCCGCUGUGCAGGUUCAAAUUACUGAAGCCACAUUCCAAAAAUGGGUCCAUGACAUUCCCAGUUCAGGAGACGAUGAUGGUACCCAGAGUUUCAAAAAGCUGCUACUAUUUUCUACGAAUGAUUAUUUGGGCUUGGGUUCACAUCCUACUAUUGGAAAAGCGGCAGCUAAGGUUGCCCUAGAACACGGAAUGGGCCCAAGGAGUUCUGCUUUAAUCUGUGGAUAUACUGAUUACCAUAGGUUACUCGAGUCAUGCCUGGCAGACUUGAAGGAGAAAGAGGAUUGUCUUCUUUGUCCAACGGGAUUUGCAGCCAAUACGUCCUUAAUGGUAGCUUUGGGAUCUGUUGGCACUCUCUUGGCUGCUGGCAAAACACCUUCACCUGAUGAAAAGAUUGCCAUUUUUUCUGAUGCACUGAACCAUGCGUCAAUAAUUGAUGGUAUUCGUAUUGCUGACAAGCAAAAGUCUGUACAGAUAUUCGUCUAUAGACAUUGUGACAUGAAUCACCUUGAUGCCUUGUUCUUAGCAUUGCAUUUGUGCUUUGAUAGAUCAAGUUGCAAAAUUAUGAAGAAAGUGGUCGUGACUGAUAGCGUGUUUAGUAUGGACGGAGACGUUGCACCAAUGGUUGAGCUUGUGAAGCUACGCAAAGAGCAUGACUUUUUGUUAGUUAUUGAUGAUGCUCAUGGUACACUGAUUUUUGGAAAAAAUGGCGGAGGAGUGGCUGAGGAAUUCAACUGUGAAAGAGAUGUUGAUAUAUGUGUUGGCACUUUGAGUAAAGCUGUUGGUUGCCAAGGCGGAUUCAUUGCAUGCAGCAAAAAGUGGAAGCAGCUCAUACAAUCAAGGGGUCGCUCUUUUAUAUUUUCCACAGCUACGCCAGUACCAAUUGCUGCUGCUGCCCAUGCUGCUCUUAUUGUGGCAAGAAAGGAAACAUGGCGUAGACGGGCAAUUUGGAAUCGGGUGGAAGACUUUCGUGCUCUAACUGGGAUCCCCAUAAAAAGUCCCAUAAUCUCUCUUGUCGUAGGGAGCGAAGAGAAGGCUCUACAAGCUAGCCAGAGUUUAUUAAAAUACGGUUUCCAUGUCACUGCAAUCAGGCCCCCAACAGUGCCACUCAACUCAUGCAGGCUACGAGUGACAUUGAGCGCAAUGCACACAAGGCACGAUAUUGAGAAGCUCGUGGAUGCACUCUCCCGUUGCAUCAAUUUUCAAGAAUUGAUGUAGCAAAAAUAAACUUUGUCCAUAAGCUAUGUGUAAAAAUAAGACGACUCUAGCAGAUAGUCUAGAAGCUAAGCUUAUAGAUAUUAUCCUUAUGUUAUUGGAUUGUGUUUGUAAGUACUUUGGGAUCUUUGUGAUCCAUAAGCUAUGUGUAUAAAUAAGACGGCUCUAGCAGAUAGUCUAGAAGCUAAGCUUAUAGAUGUUAUCCUUAUGUUAUUGGAUUGUAUUGUAAGUACUUUGAGCUCUUCAUGAUCCAUAAGCUAUGUGUAAAAAUAA